GUGUGAAAUGAAAUUUGCCUGAUAAAGUCCCUCGAUCCUCUUGUGUGUGUGUUUCGAUAAGUCCAUCAAAAUUCUCUCUUCCGCCGCCGCCACCGCCGCUGCCCUCCGGUCGCCGAUUCCACCCUCCUGUCGCCGAUUCCACCCUCAUCUGUCACCGUACCAUCACCGAUCAGCUUCCGAAGUCCUCUCGUCGCUUUCCACCUCCAAAUCUAUAGUCGUUUAGAUCAUCACUAGGUACUGAUAGAGUUCGAGAUGACAAACCAUGAGGUGCGAUGAGAGAUCACAGAAUUUCAGGUCACCUUCUCCAUCCCAAAUCCUUCAAAACUCCCUUUUUCCAAACCCUCGCCCAAACCCUUCAGCAUUUCAUCGAAUCGAACUCCCCUUCCAAAGGCCAAACCCUCCACGCAAAGAUCAUCACCUUCGGCCUCCACCCCAACACCAAUCUAUUCAUCAAGCUCCUCAUCCUACAUCUCCGAUGCCGAUCAUUUCUCCACGCCCGGAAACUUUUCGAUCAAAUGCCAAGGAGAACUCUAUCAGCCUACAACUACAUGAUCGCCGGGUACUUCAAAGAAGGUCGUGUAGAGGAGUCACUGGACCUCAUCCGCAAGCUUUUGGCUUCAAACCAAAAGCCGGACGGGUUCACCUUAUCGAUGGCUCUGAAGCUUUCUGCGAGCUUGGGUUUGUGGAAUUUGCCGAGAGAGAUCCAUGCUCAGAUUGUCAGAUUGGGAAUUGGGUCCUCCGACGAGGUUGUCAUUGCUGCUCUCGUUGACUCUUAUGUGAAGAAUGGGAAUCUUCAAUAUGCCCGGAGUGUGUUUGAUUCAAUGCCGGAGCCAGAGAGGAAUUUAAUAUGUUCUACCGCAUUGGUUGUUGGUUAUAUGAAUCAAGGUGAGUUCAACGAAGCUGAGCAUAUUUUUAGGAGUUCGAAGGAGAAGGAUGUGAUUCUGUUCAAUGCAAUGAUUGAAGGGUACAGUAGAGGGCUAGAUACAUGUGUCAAUUCAAUAGAGAUGUACAAGAUGAUGCAACGAUUGAAUUACUUGCCGACGAUUUCUUCCUUUGUGAGUGUUAUUGGAGCUUGCGCACUCUCAUCGGCGUCGGAGGUUGGAGAACAAAUACACGGACAGAUGGCUAAGAUGGAGGCCCUUUCUCAUGUCAAAUGCGGGAGUGCACUUGUUGACAUGUAUUCUAAAUGUGGAAAAGUUGCGGAUGCCAGAAAGAUGUUCGACGAAAUGCCUGAGCAGAAUGUUUUUACCUGGACAUCGAUGAUCGAUGGGUAUGGGAAAAAUGGGAUUCCGAAUCUGGCCCUAACUCUUUUCUACAAAAUGAAGGAUUGCUGUAACGACAGACCGAAUCAUGCCACAUUCUUGAGUGUUCUAUCGGCUUGUGGGCAUGCUGGAUUGGUGUCAAAUGGUCGCCAAAUUUUUGAGAGCAUGGAGAGGGAGUACAAACUUAAACCGAGAAUUGAGCAUUAUGCUUGCAUGGUGGAUCUCUUAGGUCGGAGUGGAAACCUAAGCGAAGCGUACAGAUUCAUUGAACAGAUGCCCAUGAAGCCGAAUUCAGAUGUAUGGACAGCUUUGCUAGGAGCAGCUAGCAUUCACGGAAAUGUUGUGAUGGCAGAUGUUGCUGCGAAAGAAGUUUUUAAAUUGAGUCGAAAUGAAAGGCCAGGAGCUUACGUUGUUUUGUCCAACACUUUUGCGGCUGCAGAGAAAUGGAAAGGUGUAAGUAAAGUAAGGAAGUUGAUGAAAGCAAUGGGUGUCUCUAAAGGCACUGGUCAAAGUUGGGUGGAUGUAAACAAAGGUGCUUGAAAAUUUCUUUUCAGGAAAGAAACUCUUCGGAUAAAUCCAAGGAGAGGUACAUCCGCUUCGCAGGACUACCUGCAAGGAUCGCCAAUUAUUUGACUGUAUGCUCAUUUUGAUUUAUAAUAACAGCUUCGGAUCAGGAAGAACUCUUCAGUGUGAGAAUGAUGUGCACAUCGCCUUAAACAAUACCAUCUUUCGAAUUGUUUAGACACUCCUCGCAUCUCGAACUUCAUGAACCAAUGCGGUUUAUCUUUUUGAAGUUAUUGUUGAGACGUUCAUGGGAAUCUAUUUGUGAGAUUCAAUAUCAAAGUGAAGCUCAUAGCGAGCCAUGAGUACCACCGCUGAGGAAGGCUCGCGUCUGUUUUUUGGUUCAAAUUCUUCAAGGUUAGUUCGAGCGGAAGAAACGGACAUGAUAUCAAUGAUAUUAAUCUCCAUAAAAAAGUGAACAAGAUGCAGAUCGACAGUGCUGACUUUAUGAGAAUGAGAGGAGAAGAACAGCAUUUAUCGUGUCGAAUAUUCGUCUGUAUACUCCGAAUAUUCGAGGGAAAUUAGGUGCAUCGUGUAUGUUUGUUAUGCGGUUUAUCAUUUGCAUUUUUUUUUUUUGUCUGGAAAGUAUAAAACCGGUUGACAGAAUUAUUAGCAUA